GCAGCAAGAAUGAUUGGCAAGGAGAAGCAGGAAACGGAACCUGAACAAACCUAGAAGAUUAUCCUCUUGGAAGGAAGUUGGAAGACAAGUAGAGGAAGAUGUUUCCCUCGUUUCCUACCAUGACUGUACUUGUCCCGCUGUUGUCUUUAGCUGGCCUCUUCUAUUCAGCCAGUGUAGAUGAAAACUUCCCCCAGGGCUGCACAAGUACAACAAGCAUAUGUUUCUACAGCCUGCUGCUUCCAAUUACAAUACCAGUUUAUGUAUUUUUCCAUCUUUGGACAUGGAUGGGCCUUAAACUUUUCCGCCACAACUAGAUUGUGCUUAACUCUAAGAAGCCUCUUAAAAUAAAGAAUGGAGUGAAGCUUUCUGAAUAUUCUGACCCUUACAGUACACCUGAAAUGAAACAGAGGCUAACUGUCUUCAGAUGCAAGUACAUCCAAGCAAAUUGAAAAGUCCCUUGCCCUUUAGGGCAUGCCUACAGUACCAAAGUAGCAUCAAAAGCCACAGGAAUUUCAAACAAGAAAUCAAAUAUAGACAUCAAAGAAGCAAUAUGAAGUUAUACGGGCAAAUCUUCUCUCAAUGAAGGAUCUUAGGCAUGCAACAAAACAGUUUAGAUGUGUCUGCUUGUGUAGGAAAUGUCAUUUUUCUAGUCUUCAGUGAAAAAAAAAUUCUGCAUAGUUAUUCCAAAAGGCAGUUUCAUUACUUGAUGAUUACAGACAAUUGUUUAUAUAGACUGAGUGCAAAAUAGUGCUUUGUCAAAUUGAUAGAUUAAAAGCUCUGAAUGAAUACUAACGUUCAAAUAUAUUUCAGUUCUGAAUGUGUAACACGGUCACAGGUAUACUAUAUAAGAGUUAUUGGCUUACUGACAAUGUAAUGUUAGACUUUAUUUCUCUUUGAUGAAGCUGCACUAUUGUACUGCGCAGACCCAGAAUUUUGAAUUCAGAUCCACAAAUAGAGUGCUGUGUCAUGAAACUUGACACUAAAUGAAAAAUAAUGAAAUUUAAUCGGAAAUGGUUUCUAAUAAAGCAUCUGCAGUGCCUA